GUCUCGACGCGGUAUCGAUGCGCUGUAUCAAUAGAAUUCUUUCAUUUUUAUGAGGCUCUGCACGAAUUGCUCUUUAAGUUACCAUUUUCCUAUUAUUUUUCUUGGAAACUUCAUUAUGAGUGUUUUGGUAUAGAAAUAACUAGAUACCUAGCUAGAAUUACUUGGCAUUUCCCCAUUAUUUUGUCGGGGGCAUCUAGAUAUCCGAAGAGUUGCCAGUGAUAUAAACAUUAUAUUUAGACCAAUGGAAAUUCUACGAGAGAUUUCACGCUUGUCUGUGGACGGCCGCAUCGAGGAUAUCUCGCCAUCCGAAAUAUGCGUUUUACGAGCCUACCCACCGUCUCAACCGGAGCCUGAUGCGAAUCUAGAGUUCGAUCCUCUUGAGAGAAUUAGCCAAGCGAUCCUAUUUGAUAAAAUUCGCAACGACCAGCUAUUCCCCCAAUCCAUCCCACCAAAACCAAGUUUGAAUAUAAUAUUCUUCCCAGAUACGAAGUGGAAACCUGUCACCAAAGAUAAAACCUUGCGUGACCAACUUUGCAGCUACCUGCGGCUGGACGAUGCGCUAUUAGCUUAUCUCAUGUCUUCGAGGUCGGGCUGGUACCAUGUGGCCAGUGAUAGACGAUACAACUUCAUGAUUAAGGACUACCUUUAUAUGCUUGCAUGGACCUUCGAUCCGACUACGCUAGAGACGCGUGCUAUGCUCGUCGCUCGGAGUGACUAUAAGAAGCGAUCUAGUCUGAAAAACAAAGAUGGAGAUUUUCACUUGCCAGGGCUUCGGGCCGCGCAUUUAUACCAUCCGCUCUCUCUCGCCUGUCUAUGCCUCACUGAUUUCGUGUUCUACUUUGACAAGCUCAUCGUUGAUGAGGGGUAUACUAUCGGCUACAUCGAGAAGAAUACUGGCCAUGGGUUAUGGGUGGAGGACGAAACCCAGACCCUGGACUUUAGCUUGGAAACCCUCAUGGUUGCUUCGAGAAACAUUGCAAGGAUCAUCGGCAUAUUUGCUAACCUGUUCAAGAGCGUGGAAGUCACACACACCAUGAUCGAGUCCCUACAGGACAAGAAAACGUGGAAAGAAUGGUAUGGCAGAGAUGAUACCGAGUCGUUGGCGAACUUCGAAUACUGCACUGCGUCUUUCAACUCGGCUGUAGGGUUGCUGAAGCUGCGUAUAAAAACGAUUAAACAAUCCGGUCGUGUCAUGGACGAACGAGCCAAGGCGCAGUCUAAUAUCGCAGCUCUUAUCCGCCGCGAAGAUGCCGUGACGGGCCACCGUCUAGCAGAGGCCAGCAAGGAGCUCGCGGAAGCGACCAGGAAGGAUAGCUCCGACAUGAAAGUGAUUGCGAUCAUGACAAUGGCAUUCCUUCCUGCGACGUUCUUCGCCGCGCUCUUUGAUCUUCCUACACUUGCGUGGGAUCAACCACAAGUAAUCACGAAUAACUUCUGGGUAUAUUGGGCGUUCACACUGCCCACGACACUUCUCAUCUUCGCUUUGUGGUAUAUACUAAACGAAUACAAAGUACUUGCGUGGUGGAAGAGGAAGGGCAAUGAUGGUUCUAUAGAGAUGGAUCCAUACAACGGCUUGCCUAAAGGUUUCUUCGAAAACCCUGGCCUGGCGGAACAUAACGGACAAAGAAAACCUAGAACCCCAUACAAUUUCUUAGGUUUUUCUAGAUGGAUGUAGGUUUGUGGUAAGUCUAAGAUCAGGUCGAGGGGCAUUCAUCUUCACAGGAAGACCAAAAGCCCUAGAGCGAGCGUAAUACUAAACUUGUACCUAUCAUAGAAAAG